AUUCCAGUGCUCUUGACAGCAGUAAACUGCUGUAGUGUGAAGGCUGCCACACGGGUCCAGAAUGUCUUCACUGCAGCUCCUCGCUCUGGUGCUCAUCAUCAUCCUCGGCUUUGUGCAGAUUGGCAGAGGAGGGACGGAGAGUCUUUGCCCAGAGAACGCAUUCGAAGGGACAAGGACAGACGUUGGCAGCUUUGGGUUGGCCCUGUACAGUGGCAUGUUUGCAUACGGAGGCUGGAACCUGCCGCGUGCCAUCGUGAUCUCCCUGCCCAUGGUGACGGUGGCGUAUGUCCUUACUAACCUGGUCUACUUCACCACCAUCAGCCCUGAGGAGAUGGUGGCUUCAGAGGCCGUGGCAGUGGUGAGACUACGAGCAUGA